AUGGCGUUAUCGCAGAGGAGAGAGGAGGCCCGUAUUCAGAUAGGUUUCCAGGAAGUAUCUGUUCAGGGUUUAGAGGAAUACAAACGGCUGUUUAGGCUUGUCUUCCAGGACAUUAAAUCGCGUCAGAUUAAGAAAGCCAGCAACGAGCUUCUCGAGGGAUCUUGGCGGCUAGUCAAUUCCGUAACAGCUUUAGGUCUACACGAGGACGUCGACGACGAGACGAAACGUAAUGAGCGGCUUGAAUUCUGGAGAGACUUCAAUCUCUGCUGGGAAGCACUUGGGCAACGACAGAAAGAAAUCACCCAAAUGGCCUUGAAGACUGGAAUAUGGCCUGGGGAUAUGCUUUCAACGGACAUAAUCACCAGUUUGGGGGACCAAUUGGUGGCCAUGUGUGAUAUACUGCAAACGCAUGGGUUGGUCGAUUAUGAGAUGGGUAUUUGGGAAGAACAAAUAACCCAUAUUUUCAUUGAGUGCAUCGAUCUCCUUGCUCGGAAUCGCCCCAAAUCUCGAGAAUUUUAA